AUUUUGUGUAGUAGAAGAAGAAGAAGAACCACUGCUCGGGUUUGCUAAGUGCUAACAAGGAAGCAGCAGAACGCGCGAACUGUUAGCAUUUAACCUGCUUCAACAGACGGCCUUUCGGGCAUUGAAAGGUUUCAGGCUUGGAUCCGAAGUCCCUUCUUGAACUCAUCGUUUACUUCUGUUGUGGCAUCAUCACUGCUUAAAGAUUUUUUUGUUGUCUAAAUUGUGGAAGUGGAAGUGGAUGGACGAAGUUUUGGAUUGAAUCUAGGAUUAGGAUCAGGACCACUUCUACAUCUGAGUGUGAGAACAAUAAGUUAUCUUAAAAUCUGCCGGUGCACCCCCAUUCUGUGUCAGCAGUGCCAGUAGCUCAACCACCAUGUCUGAUGGUCGGAUCUAUGUCGGGAAUCUUCCCAUGGACAUCCAGGAGAGGGACAUAGAGGAUCUCUUCUACAAAUAUGGAAAAAUCCGUGAUAUUGAAUUGAAGAACAAUAGAGGCACAAUCCCCUUUGCCUUUGUGCGAUUUGAAGACCCACGGGAUGCAGAUGAUGCCGUCUGUGGAAGGAAUGGAUACGGAUAUGGAGACACCAAGCUCCGUGUGGAGUAUCCUCGAUCCUCUGGUUCUAAAUUUGGACCAACAGGAGGAGGAGGUGGUGGAGGAGGACCUAGAGGAAGGUUUGGACCCCCAACACGAAGAUCUGAAUUCCGCGUCAUAGUGACUGGGUUACCUCCUACUGGGAGUUGGCAGGACCUGAAGGAUCACAUGCGCGAGGCAGGAGACGUUUGUUUUGCAGACGUGCAGCGAGACGGAGAAGGCGUAGUGGAAUUUCUCCGCCGAGAGGACAUGGAGUACGCACUACGCAGACUGGACCGCACCGAGUUCCGCUCACAUCAGGGUGAGACGGCGUACAUCCGUGUGUUUGAGGAGAGGGGCACCCCCAGCUGGGGUCGGUCCCGGUCCCGUUCCAGAUCCAGAGGGCGUUACUCUCCUCCGUACCGAGGGUCGCCUCCUCGGUACCAGUCGCCUCCUCGACACGCUAUGUCCCGCCAUAGUCCCCCCCCCAGGAGGCACCCCCCCCUUCACCAUAACUCACCGCCACGCCAUUACCGGUAGAAAGACGCGCCAUUCACAGAGGGACUGGGGAGAACAGUUUUUAAUUCUUUUCUUUGAUUUCUGCCCACUCGUCCUUGUUGGACUCGACAGUCUCCUGUUCUUGACAUACAUUCCAUGUUCAGGACGUCCUGAGCACUCGGCUCCUCCCACAGCCUUAACAUCGUCUCUUUGGUUUUUAAACAUCCCAAAGUGUCCAACUUUGUGUUUCUGCAUAAAUACUGUGUUGUGUAACAAAUUAGAGGUUUCUUUCAUAAAGAAAUUUUGGGAUUGUGAUGUCAGACUUUGACAAGACCUAGUUCUUACUCUGACUGUCCAAACUCUGUCGGUUGUACAGCUCAUAGAACCACAUUUACAUUUUUCAACCAAACUUUACUUUGUGAUUGUGUCACCUUUUCUCUAGCCUUGUAUCCAAGUUCCAAGAAAUGGGAAGGACCUUUUUGGAAUAGCCAAUCUAAGAACCUGUGAAUUUCUUUCUCUUCAGACGUGUACAAAUUAGUGAGCCUUUAGACUUGUGACACCUUUUGCCUGUGAGCCUCAAUGUCAGGUUUUUUUUUUUUUGUUUUUUUUUUU